CCGCAGGCAGGGCCUUUGGCCCCGCGGGGCCUAGGCGGGCCGGCGCCGUGCCGCUGCCUUCCCCUUCCCCGCCGCAGCUGCCGCCGCCCUUUUGCUUUCGCUUUCCGCAUGCUGACAGCCGCCGCCGCCAUGGAAAGCCACGCCGUCUACAACCAGACCACGGAGCCGCAGACCAAGCCGCCCCGCCGCCCCUUCGGCUGCACUCUGCGGCACCUGUGGGGAUGGCGGCUGCCCACCAAAGCGCUCCAAGCGAUUCUAUCUCUCCUGGCUGUUAUUUGUGAAGAGACUGUGGAGUAUUGCAUCCAGUGUGGUGGACUUUACUUCUUUGAAUUUGUGAGCUGCAGUGCCUUUCUUCUGAGCCUGCUGGUCCUCUGUGUGUAUUGCACUGAUGUCUAUGGAACGCUUGAGGAAGAUAAAGUACGGAGAGUGAAUUUGUGGUCCAUGCCAGUCAUAGGUGUCUGUUUUCUGUCAGCAUCAAUAGGGUUUGCUGUGACCAGCUCUGGGUCUGCUGUGGAAAAAGCUGCAUGUGCAUUUGGAUUUCUUGCAAGCGCUGCGUUUUUAGCUGAAACUGGUAUAGAGCAUUUCCACAGCCAGAAACCAAACGUCGAAGGAUGCUCUGCAACUCCAGGCAGCACUCAGAAUGCCACAGAAAAUCAGCCACUGAACACACAAAGCUAACUUUUUCCAUUUUCUUCUUUUUCUAACGGGGAAAACUGAAAUGAACUUUGAGUGCACUCUAGGCAGCGUCUUCUUUCUCUUCAUUCUGAUCAAGUUUGUAUACACUGCUUAUCACAAAUGAUUAAUGGCAUCUUGUUGUAAGGUCCUGCUCAGUUACUGCUCCUGCCACCUGUCCAGGUAACGUACACUAAAAAAUACUUGUGGUGGAGUAGAGCAACUUUAAGGACAAGAGUGUGCUGAAUUUGUUUUGACAGAGGUGACUAAUAAAGGUUAAUAUGCAAUGCAUGGAUUCUGAGCUAUAACCUAAAGGUAUUUUCUGUCUAAGUGGACCAAAUAUUUCUGAUACCAGUUGUAAGUUAGUACAGUGGAAUGAAUUCUUUUACUUACUGCUUAAACUGUGAAUAUAAAAGGAAUACCUACUUGGGGCUUUACAGAAAUGCUUAUGCUUAGAAAAGGGUAGGGGUUUUACUGUUGAUAUAUCUCAGUUCUGCCUGUGGAGAUCAGUUCAAUGGAACAGAGAGUGCAGGUGUUUUAUGGGGAGGGUGCUGCAAAGGGUAUAUUCAAGAGAAAGUUUUGUACUCUACAGUUGUCAAAGUUUGGAUUUGUAUGCCAAAAUCUUCUUUCAGAUUGUUUUGAAACCUAUCAAAGUAGCAGGAAGAAAUGCAAAAAGCCAGCUGUGAGAGGAAGAAGAUGGAGAAUGUUUUCAUGAAGCAACCCCAAAAGCAGCAAUCUGAACACCAAUGGGAAAAACUUUGCAGCACUUUGGUGUCCUGGUGACUAAUACUUGCCAGGUUAAUACCAUAUGCAGCUUGUUUAUGCACACUUAAUGCCAGAAUGGUUAUGGGCCUCACCAUUUUCUUUCUUUGUAAAUGUGAGACUUCUUGCUGCUGACUAGCUCAGCUGGCAAACAAGUAAAUAUGGACUUGAACCUGUGGUUUGUCUUGAAGUGGUAGCCCCUAGGACUGCAGGAAACACUCCUGAUUCAAUGAGUACCACUAACAGACGUAUCAGAUCAGGUGUUGAUGUCUGUAAAAGAAAUGGCACAGUGCAGGGGCAUUUUUCAGGUGUCUGAGGUAGAAGCAGGACUGCUAGACCUCACUUAAGAGGGAGGCUUGGAAAGCAGAGCAAAUGGCUAUAAGCAAAGAGGUGUUCCAAAAUACCAAAGCAAAUGAGAAAAAGCUAACUAUGCAAAAACCUUCUUUGAGAGCUCAUGACUUUUGCUGUGUCUUCCAAGCAUUAACUCCAUCUCAGCAGUACCCUAGCAUGACAGAUUUAUGUUACCUGUUGUGGCCUUCCAGAAGCUGGCUGAGCGAGUGGCACUUGGAUAAAGACGAGGAAGCUGUUGUAAGACAAAGGGCUAUAAUAGGUCAAAGUUCUUUCCUAGUGCUGCCACUCUCUGAUGAAUGUCAUGCUCUUGCUCUAAGCUCUGAGACUUAAGCCUGACACUACAGUUUGCUUUGAGAAUGUAAAAUCUUGACAAGUCCUGUGAGAUACCAGGUUUAAGCUGUAGCUUGGUUUCAGAGUGAUGCAUAAAAGACAUACUUUUCCUUCAUAGAGUUUCCUGCUUUGUGAGGAAGAGAUGCUCUUUGGACUGGCCUUUUGUUUUGUUUUUCUCUUGUAUUUGUUAGUGACCACUUCUUCUAAAACCUAAUCUCAGCCUCUGUGUGCAGAGCUUGCUGUAGCUGUCUCUGCAAAUUCAGUAGAGAUGCUCUGUUUAGAGGCAGCAUUACUGGUGAUACGGAACGUGACACUUCUCUGCUGUGAUUUGCAGUGUCUUACUUUAGGGACUGUGUUCAUAGCUAUGACUUCUGUUGGUGUUUAUUGCCUAGGAUUCCACUGAAAUGGUUACUCCCCUGUUAUAUUUACAUCUUUUAGAGAUCGAGAUUCAGAGACUAAAGACAUUUUGAUAUGAAA